AUGUUUGCUGGUUGGGGAGGAGAAGAUGAUGACACUGAAGCUAUGGACACUUCUGAUUAUCCUUGGCACUGGUUCUAUCAAGCAGAGUGUGGCAUUUGGCACAGAACUGAGGUAUUGUUUUAUUUAAUUACUAUUUUAAAGCUCUUUCCUACGUGCCUUGAUGGAAUAGGUUUUCCAUUACAGGAUGAUCCGGUGAACCCCAUCAGCAGCUCAGAACUGGAAAUGUUUUACAAUAAAAACCCAUAUGGAGUUAUUAAUUUCAACACAGCAGCAGGGGCCUUUAAAAUUGAUUUCCAUGGGUUGCGGAAGACCAACUUAAGGACGGGACAGAUUAAAAAAUUAAAACGUUCUCUUUCCAUGGAGCGUAUUAUCAGAUGCAAGUGCGCAGACCAGGCUUCAUCUCUACCUGCUCACUGGGAGAACAUGGACUCUAAAACACCUUUUCAGGCUUUUACUGUGGGCAGGGGAACAAAUGAGUUUCAGGAAGUGGAGAAGUAUGUGCAAGAAAUUGGUCUUCUGCGGGAGCCUCUGAAAUAUAUCUACAGAAUACAGAAUGUGGACCUUUGGGAGUUGUACUGCAGGAAGAAAUCACAGCUGAUGAGAUUAAAAGGUCAGUCAGAUAUUGAAGAGAAAAGACUCUUCCAUGGCACAAACAAAAACAAUGUGUAUGGUAUUUGCUUAUACAAUUUUGACUGCAGAAUAUCUGAUUCAGUAAGACAUGCUCACCUCUAUGGCAAAGGUACAUACUUUGCUCUACAUGCUUCCUACGCAGACAAUUACAGUAAACGCCAAUGCCAGGGAGACACAACCAACACACGAAUAAUGUUCCUUGCUCGGGUGAUUGUUGGAAAAUACACAACUGGGCAAAAGAAUCUCUGCAAACCUGAUGGUGACCAAAUUGAAAAUAAACAUGACAGCUGUGUUGACAAUACUUUAUAUCCCAGAAUGUUUGUUAUAUUUAAUUCUAACCAGAUAUAUCCAGAAUACGUGCUGGAGUAUGGUGGGCAAUAGGGUGAGAAAAUAAUCAUGGAAGACACAAAAACAUUACUGGUCUGUUGAGUUUUGAUAUAGAAUGUAAAAAGAAAAUGUCAUUUAGCAUAAUUUUGUGCUGUCAUAAAGAAGUGUUAAACUUCUUCUAGAUCAUUAGAUUGUUUCCUGUAGUGCAGGUAUUAUCAAUUAAAUUUUGUGAAGAUCUAGGUCAUUACGACAUUACAUCACAUUUCUCAUUUACAAAGAUCCAAAUAAGCAACUAACAGUGGCAACAUUAACUUAUAAUGCUUGAAUAUUAAUGAUUAAAAAUGAAUAAUUUCAUUUGUCUCUGACCAUUCGCAAUCAAAAUGUCCAUUUUGACCGAUCUAGCUCUCGCUGAUCCACAUAAGACCCAACAGAAUAUCUUCAAAAGAAGCUAAGCUGGGUCAUGAUUAUAAACUUUAAUUACAGUCUGCCAAGAUGCUGAGCUGUGGCCACUUUCCACUGGUUACAUUUUUUAGCCCUGUGUGGUAAAAAAGACCCGACAGCGUCUCUACCUCCUCAAACGUUUGACUGACUUUACACUGCCCUCCAAGGAAACAUUGCAACCUGGUUCAGGAACAGCACCAUGCAGGAAAGCCAAGCUCUACAGAGGGUGGUGCGAUUAGCUGAGCGCAUCAUCUGCACCAAGCUUCCUCACCUGCACUCAAUUUACAACAAGCAGUGCUGGACCAAGGCCAGGAAGAUAGUGAAGGACCUCAACCACCCCAACAAUAGACUGUUCUUUCUGUUGAAGUCAGGAAAGCAAUUCGCUUUCUAAAGGCCAACACAGAGAGACUGAGGAGAAGCUUUUUCUCGCAGGCUAUACAGACUCUCAAUAAUAACAUCACUCAGGACCAAACACUCUGAUCUUCUCUCUUUGUUCUUUUAACAAUAGCACAAUAAUACUCUUCCUUCACUCAUCAUGUUGCACAUUGCGGAUUUAACACACAUUUGCACAUGGUCUAUACAUUUUGCACUUUUGGAACUUUGCACAUUGUUCUGCUUGUGGCUUUUCUAUUUUGAAUUCUAUUUCAUUACUUUAACUUUUUUAAUUAUAUUCUUAGUUUAUAUUCUUUAUUUGAAUAAUCAAAUUUUAAGGUCAUGGACGGUCAUAUAAACAUUUUACUGCAUAUUAUACUGAGUAUGUGACAAAUAUAUUUUUUAUUUGAAUUAAGUCAGGUGAAAUACUUGUGUGUACACAUCUAGACUGUGGUCUGCCAGUUGAUGACCUCUGCUCCAGUGCAAAGUUAUAGAAGUGUGGGAUCCAAAUGAAGCUGCAGGUCAGUGAAGCAACCUAGCUAACAGAAGUGGGUAAUAACGAGUUACAUUUACUCCGUUAGUUAUUUAAGUAACUGUUUGAAAAAAAAAGUGUACUUCUAUGAGUAGGUUUACGGCAUCAUACUUACUUUUACUUAAGUAGAUUUGCGAAAAAGACUUGCUAAUCUUCCUUUGAUACUUUCGCUACACUCAACGCGUUACUUUUCUAACCAUUUAGUCUACACAUUAGAUAUUCUUUAUUUUUGCCAGAGAAAUUACCACACAGAAAUGUAUACCGGGGAAAAAAAAGUCAGUUAAACAAUGACACAAAAAAGGAAAUGAUUGUACAUUAAGGGAUUCUUACAAUUAUUAAUCAAACAUCAUAUAAAUUAUCACACAAAUAUGAUAAUUAUCGUGCAAGUGGAGUCCACAAGUGCCGCUUCUGUACCACAUGGGGGCACAACAGCCAUAGUGAAGAUGAGACACAAUGUCAUCAAAUAACACCUGGUAUUAAAAUUAAACAUUAAACGACAAUCUGUAUUCAUUUAGUUCUCUCUCAGAUAUUAAAGAAAUAAAGAUUUUAAAAACAUUUAUAAAUGUGUUUUUUUUUUACGAAUAUUUCAAACAGAAAAUAAUUUUCUGUGGAAAAAAAUGAUCUGUGAUGAAAUACAAGAAGUAAAAUGUGUGAAUUUAUGAACGGAUUAAUGAAUGAAUAAAUUAACCUGCUGCGAAGAGGCUUUCAGCUUGCAUGGCAACCAUUUCCAGCUGCAUACACAUCUGGUUCAGAUGUCUGCAUGUGCUCAUCAAUAUGAAAAUGUAUACAUUACAUAUUAUAUAUACAUGCAUGUAUACAUUUUCCACCUCCAGUGAUGGAAUUAAAAAUUAAGCAGCCAAAGUCAAACCUUGGAUUGUGAGCAUAAUUUGUUCUGGAAGCGUAAUUGUAUAUCGUAUCAAAACAGUCAUAUAUCAAAGCGAAUCAUCCAAUGAGAAAUAAUGGAAACUUCUUUGCACUUUUGAAAAGAAUCCCGACUGAGCAGUGUUUCCGUUGGUGUUUCCGUUAGUGUGUGUGUGUGUGUGUGUGUGUGUGUUCGUGUGUGUGUGUGGGUGUGUCUGCGUGCACGUGUGUAGAGCUGAAGUAGGAUGAGAAGGGAAAGAAUGACUUUGACACACACACUCUAACAGAAACACUGCUCUCUUGGGAAACCCUCUAAUGACACUCCAACAGAAUCACUGCUGUAUAGUAAAAAUAAAACAAAUUAACCUGUGGUUUACCUUUGAAAAGAAUCCCGGCAGAACAGUGUUUCACAUAGGGAAUACGCAUUUUGAUAUACAGUGGAACCUUGGAUUGCGUGAAACUUGGUCUGCAAAUUUAAGUUAAUAUACGAGCAAUGUGAUAUACGCAUGUGCUUUGUCUGCUGAGCAUCAUGUGAUCACAACUGAGCCAAUUGUUUUUCUCUCUUGUGCUCUACGAGAUUAUGGGUAAUUGUCUCCCAUGCUCAGUGUCAGUGUGCAUGUGUCACUCAUAAAGACAAAAUCUGUGCGCAUGUGUACUGUUCAUUAUAACAUGACAGUGUGUUUGUGCGUGCCUAAAGCAAAAGUAAGUGUCAUUAGAGAGGUUCCUUGUCAAAGAAGUUUUCCUGACAGAGCAGUGUUUGUGUGUGUUUUGUGCGCGGAUGCGCAUUUGUGUAAGUGUAAAAGCAAGAGAAGAAGAGAGGGGGCUACGGUAUAGGAUCACACACACACCCCUGGCCUUGUCUUUUAUCACCCAGGUUACACCUCACAGCUUCCACUUCAUACAGACACAGAAACACAUUGGUCGCAGGUGUAGAAAUGGAUUCAACCACAACAGAGCCCAGUGAAGUAUUUCUUAUUAAGGGUUUUUUGAUUAGCUAGUCUUUUGAAUGAUUUUAGUUAGAACUAUGAACACUAAACAUUGAAAUGUCUGAUGUAAGGCAAAUUUAAGAAACACAAUAAUAAUAUAUUUCUACAUUAAUGACCCCAAGAAACAUUUUCCACUGACAAACUUGGCAAAACCCCAUCACAGAGUCAAUGUAAUUUUUAAGUGUUAUAACAAAAUCACCAGAAGACCUCUGUUAAAAUGAGGUAAAGAGCAGUGACAAGAGGUGUGGGGGAGAUGCCAGUUUAAGUCUGAGGCUUUAAAAUAUGUGCAAAAAAUCUAACAAUUCCAACUAUGUGCAGUUCAGCAGGUCUAUUUCCCAACUCUGCUAUGAAAAUCAUCAUGUAAUGUAUAUUUUAGUGCUUUCUUGGUUUUCUACAUCCAUUUUAACAAUGGUUAAGAAUUUAUGCCAGUCAGCGUUUAACUCUGUUACUUUCUUUGGUUUGAACCGGUUUUGUUAUCUAUAUAUAUACUGUAAACUGUAGUGUAUUGCAGAAAAAUUUAGUACAGUAUUGGUAAGGUCAUUUAUACUAAACAACUGCUGUAAUUACUAUAAGGUACUAUAAAACCUUUUCAUGAA